UAUGUAGUAUGUAGUCUCUAUGAUAUUAAUGAUGGCCGCUAACAUUAUUUGAGUCAAUGUUGUCUUUUUAAUGUGUUUUUUUUAUCGUUUAAGCUUUUUUAUCCUAAGCUUUAUUAAUUCAUUCUGGACAGUGUAGAAUUCACCAAUAUGAAAAAUGGCGAUGAGGUCAGGGCGUAAUUUGUCUAGUGGAGAUUUGCAGCAUGCAGAUGAUGCUGAAAAAGAAACUCUCUUGGAUCAUGAUAGUGAGCCAGAGGAAGAUAUGCUGUUCAGUAGGACAAGUUCAGCCGAUGGACAAUUGCACAUUGAUGGAAAAAUCUCAAGUGUGAGAAUUCAAAUAAAGGAAGUAACUGAUGUUAUGCGUGAUAAUGUACAGAGGGUUAUGGAGAGAGGGGAGCGUUUAGAGGAUCUGCAAGUAGCAAGUGAUAGACUGACUUCAGCUGGUAAUGAGUUUCGCGAGGCUGCAAGGAAAGCACAAAGGCGAGCUUGGAUGCAAAAUAUGUGUGGCAGAAUUAUUAUAAUAGCGAUAACAAUAACAGCCAUUUUAUGCAUCAUAGUCCUGGAUGUCUUGGCGCUUUACCUAGUUCUCAGGUAGCAAAUUGCACUAGUCAGUAUCCCAACUUAGUGCCUAUCAUUUACAAGUACUCUUGAUCUCAAAGAGUGAUAAAUAAAGUCGACGUACAAGGCAUAAAAGGUAUUACAACGCAAUUGUGGUACGUCUGUUCUAUAUACUUAGAUAUUUUUUCAAUGUUUAAUAUAUUUUAUUCUAUGAGCUUACUUAGAAAAGCGUGAAAAGUUUAAAAAUUUUGAAAAUAUACGAUUUCAGUCGCUUUUAGUAUGAAUUAUUUUGUAAAGUCUUAAUUUAUUUGUUUUGCUGAAUUUUGAAAGUUGUAACUCAUUUACUCUAAUGAUAGAUUUUGUUUCAUUUCUAAUUUAAUGUCAAACAUAAUUUUAUCACGUCCGGAAUGGUAUUGUAAAGAACUGUAUAUGUGGGGACGUGAAACAAAUGUUGCAUAUUUGAUAACUUAUAUUCAUAGCUCAAAGUAUCAUCUUGUUAAAAAAACUUAUGUUCAAAAAAUCUUUACCACAAGAUAAUUAAUGUGAUUAAUGAGUACAUAUUAAUGUGCUGAUUGUAUUGACUGAAAAAAAUAUGUAUAAUAUUUUUAUAAAAUAAUUCUUGUCAUAUAUUAACAAGUUUUAUAGCUCUUAUCAAUAAAUGAGCAACUAUUUUUGUAAACUACUCUAUAAUAAUGUAAUUAUUUGUUAGAUAAGAUCAAAGCAUUGUUUCGUUAAUUGGAAUAACAUUCCAACAAUGUAUUUAAAUAUUUAUCAUGUUAAGAUUGUGUAAUAUUUGUCAAAAACAUUUUAAUAAAAAAUAAUUCUUA